AUGGAGUUAGCUCUGGCCAUCGUUCCGCAGGUUUGUGUGGUGGGCAGGUAUGAAAAGCCUCCGUGCUCGGAUGGCGAGACACUUGCCACUUUCCGUGGAAGGUCGCUGUGCGUCAGCGACUGCACCGGCGAAGCGACUGAUGCAUCUGCCGAGUGCCCCCAAGACAAGCCGAAGGAUACCUUUGGCAAGCCGGCCUGCUUCAUGGUCCCUGCACCGAAAGGAGACACCAGUCAUCCCAGCAUGCGACAGCGCUAUUGCGGCCUCGAGUGCCGAGGCGACAGCUACUGUCCCCGUGGAAGCAAAUGCACGUUCAUAGACGUGAGUGCGGAAAUCGACGAGUAUGGUGAUGUGAAUCCCCUGGCGCGGAAUUACCCACACCUGAUCUCGGACGACUUGCUGACUGGAGUAUGCACCUACAAGCGCGCCAAAGGGGGCAAAGGAGGGCCGUCUCCUCUGGAGCUGAAAUUCUCCAAGUCCGUUACGCUGUCGAUCCUGAGGCAGCGGGGGAUAAAGCCGCCACCUGACUGGACGCACACUGACCUUUGA